GUCAUUAACUCUUACAGUCAUCAUAAAAUAUGAAGGUUUUCAGUGACGUUAUUACUGGCGAUGAGCUUGCUUCAGAUGCUUACCCAAUGCAAGAAAAUGGUCCAUUCUUUGAAAUUGACGGUCAAGUGAUCACCGUUGGUGGUGAAGGUGCCGACAUUGGAGGCGGUGGUGAAGGUGAAGAAGUUGACGAUAACACUGAGCAAAAGAUCAACGUCGUCCACUCCUUUAACUUGCAACCAACCUCAUUCGACAAGAAGAGCUACAUGGUUUACCUCAAGGGUUACAUGAAGGCAGUCGAGAACCACUUGAAGGAGUCUGAUCCAGCACGUGUCGAUGGUUUCAAGGCAGAGGCACAAGAGCACGUAAAGAAAGUUAUUGCCAACUUCAAGGACUACGAAUUCUUCACAGGAGAAUCUAUGAACCCAGAUGGCCAAGUCGUCCUUCUCAACUACCGUGAAGAUGGUAUUACUCCAUACUUCACCCUCUGGAAGGAUGGUCUUAAGAGCCAAAAGAUCUAGGUGAUCCAAACUAAAAUUUUCAUUUUCCAUACAAAGUACAUCUAUACAUCAAUUUCUUGGGUUUUGCGAAUAUUUGAGCAAUAUGAUUGAAUUCUGCGUAUUUAGACAUCUAUAUAUUAUGUUUCCUUAUCACUAUGUCUCAAUAUU